UGACGUGAGCUGCAUACUAUUAACGGAAAACUAAGCUUUUAGAAAUGCGAUUGCCUACUUUGUGGAUUUGCUUUAUCCUUUGUGGGACCAGCGUCACGGCGCAAUAUUGCACAAAGGUUAAAGUUCAAGUGGUUAAUGGCCGAAAAGAACUACGUAAAGUUCGGUUUUGCUGUGUUGGAUUUAAGAAAGUUAACGGCGAAUGCAAGCCUUAUUGUCCAACGGGUUGUUUCAAUGGCAAAUGUGUCAAACCGGGCAAGUGCGAGUGCAAUGCUGGCUACAAGAAAUUCAAUAACUAUCGCUGCUUACCGCAAUGUGACAACUGCAAGAAUGGUUUUUGCAGUGCGCCGGGCAACUGCGUUUGUAAUAGAGGCUAUGCGCGGAACGCCACCGGUCAGUGUGCGCCCGUCUGUACACCAGCUUGCCGAAACGGUAAUUGUGUUUCACCGGGCAAAUGCGUUUGUUUGCCGGGCUACCAGCCCAAUAGUGGAGGUAACUGUGAGCCGCAAUGCAACGAUUGUCAGAAUGGCGACUGUGUCGCUCCCAAUCAAUGCGUCUGCAAAGCUGGCUACGAAAAAGAUGCAACUGGUCAGUGCAAGCCAAUCUGCCAGGAUGGUUGCAUUCAUGGAAUAUGUCGUGCUCCAAAUGUUUGCGAAUGCGCGAGUGGUUACCAAAAAUCUAGCAAUAAAACAUGCCAACCUUUUUGCUUGGAUGAAUGUAUUAAUGGAUUUUGCGCUGCGCCGAAUAGUUGUGAAUGCUCUGUGGGCUAUACAAAAGUAUCCGCUAGUGUUUGUGAACCGUUUUGCAUGACCAGUUGUGAGAAUGGAAAAUGUAUUGCCCCUAAUACCUGCGCUUGUGAUAACGGGUACAAAAUGGAUGGUGAAAAUUGCGUACCAGACUGCCCGGAAGGAUGUCCAAACGGACGCUGUACAUUGCCUUCAUAUUGUGAAUGUAACAAAGGAUAUGCAUUAAGCGUUACGAACGUUUGUGAGCCCGUCUGCUCUAACGCCUGCCCAAAUGGUCGAUGCGUAGCUCCGGAGACCUUCGAAUGUCUCAAAGGAUUCUCGAUGACUGACCCGAAUGUGUGUGAGCCUGUCUGCUCUAAAGGUUGUCCGAAUGGCCGAUGUGUAGCUCCGGAAAACUGCGAAUGUCUCAAAGGAUUCUCGAUGGCUGACCCGAAUGUUUGUGAGCCGGUCUGCUCUCACGGUUGUCCGAACGGUCUAUGUGUAGCUCCGGAAGCUUGUGAAUGUCUCAAAGGAUUCUCGAUGACUGACCCGAAUAUUUGUAAGCCUGUCUGCUCUAACGGUUGUCCGAAUGGUCGUUGCAUUGCUCCCGAAACCUGCGAAUGUCUCAAAGGAUUCUCGAUGACUGACCCGAAUAUUUGUGAGCCUGUCUGCUCUAAAGGUUGUCCGAAUGGCCGAUGUGUAGCUCCGGAAACCUGCGAAUGCCUCAAAGGAUUCUCGAUGGCUGACCCGAAUGUUUGUGAGCCGGUCUGCUCUCACGGUUGUCCGAACGGUCUAUGUGUAGCUCCGGAGACCUGCGAAUGUCUCAAAGGAUUCUCGAUGACUGACCCGAAUGUUUGUGAGCCUGUCUGCUCUAACGGUUGUCCGAAUGGUCGUUGCAUUGCUCCCGAAACCUGCGAAUGUCUCAAAGGGUUCUCGAUGACUGACCCGAAUGUUUGUGAGCCUGUCUGCUCUAACGGCUGUCCGAGUGGUCGUUGCAUUGCUCCCGAAACCUGCGAAUGUCUCAAAGGAUUCUCGAUGACUGACCCGAAUAUUUGUGAGCCUGUCUGCUCUAACGGCUGUCCGAAUGGUCGUUGCAUUGCUCCCGAAACCUGCGAAUGUCUCAAAGGGUUCUCGAUGACUGACCCGAAUAUUUGUGAGCCUGUCUGCUCUAACGGUUGUCCGAAUGGUCGUUGCAUUGCUCCCGAAACCUGCGAAUGUCUCAAAGGAUUCUCGAUGACUGACCCGAAUAUUUGUGAGCCUGUCUGCUCUAACGGUUGUCCGAAUGGUCGUUGCAUUGCUCCCGAAACCUGCGAAUGUCUCAAAGGAUUCUCGAUGACUGACCCGAAUGUUUGUGAGCCUGUCUGCUCUAACGGCUGUCCGAAUGGUCGAUGUGUAGCUCCGGAGACCUGCGAAUGUCUCAAAGGAUUCUCGAUGACUGACCCGAAUGUUUGUGAGCCUGUCUGCUCUAACGGUUGUCCGAAUGGCCAAUGUGUAGCUCCGGAAACCUGCGAAUGUCUCAAAGGAUUCUCGGUGGCUGACUUGAAUAUUUGUGAGCCUGUCUGCUCUAACGGUUGUCCGAAUGGCCAAUGCAUAGCUCCGGAAGCUUGUGAAUGUCUCAAAGGAUUCUCGAUGACUGACCCGAAUAUUUGUGAGCCUGUCUGCUCUAACGGUUGUCCGAAUGGUCGUUGCAUUGCUCCCGAAACCUGCGAAUGUCUCAAAGGAUUCUCGAUGACUGACCCGAAUAUUUGUGAGCCUGUCUGCUCUAACGGUUGUUCGAAUGGUCGUUGCAUUGCUCCCGAAACCUGCGAAUGUCUCAAAGGAUUCUCGAUGACUGACCCGAAUAUUUGUGAGCCUGUCUGCUCUAACGGUUGUCCGAAUGGUCGUUGCGUUGCUCCUGAAACCUGCGAAUGUCUCAAAGGAUUCUCGGUGGCUGACUUGAAUAUUUGUGAGCCUGUCUGCUCUAACGGUUGUCCGAAUGGCCAAUGCAUAGCUCCGGAAGCUUGUGAAUGUCUCAAAGGAUUCUCGAUGACUGACCCGAAUGUUUGUGAGCCUGUCUGCUCUAACGGCUGUCCGAAUGGUCGAUGUGCAGCUCCGGAAACCUGCGAAUGUCUCAAAGGAUUCUCGAUGACUGACCCGAAUGUUUGUGAGCCUGUCUGCUCUAACGGUUGUCCGAAUGGUCGAUGUGCAGCUCCGGAAACCUGCGAAUGUCACAAAGGAUUCUCGAUGGCUGACCCGAAUAUUUGUGAGCCUGUCUGCUCUAACGGUUGUCCGAAUGGUCAAUGCAUAGCUCCGGAAGCUUGUGAAUGUCACAAAGGAUUCUCGAUGACUGACCCGAAUGUUUGUGAGCCUGUCUGCUCUAACGGUUGUCCGAAUGGUCGUUGCAUUGCUCCCGAAACCUGCGAAUGUCACAAAGAAUUCUCGAUGACCGACCCGAAUAUAUGUGAGUCUGUCUGCUCUAACGGUUGUCCGAAUGGUCGUUGCAUUGCUCCGGAGACCUGCGAAUGUAAUGACGGUUUCAUAAAGACGGACUCGAAUGCUUGUGAGCCUAUCUGCUCGAAUGGUUGCCCAAAUGGUCAAUGCGUAGCUCCCGAAACCUGCGCGUGUAGUAAAGGGUACUCAAUGACUGACCUGAAUGUUUGCCAGCCCAUCUGCUCCAAUAAUUGUUCAAAUGGACAGUGCAUAGCUCCUGAGACAUGUGUAUGUAAUAAUGGUUUCUCGAAGAUGGGUUCUAAUGUUUGUACACCCAUUUGCUCUACAACAUGCGAGAAUGGUCGGUGCAUAGCGCCUGAGAUUUGUAAAUGUGACGCUGGAUAUAUGAGUUCGACUCGAAACGAAUGUGAACCUGUUUGUGGAGGGGAUUGCGCCCCUGGAAGCUGCAUUGCGCCAGGAAUUUGCAAAGAUAACUCUGACGACAGUUCAGCUGAAACCACUUCUACAAUAAAUCCCACUGAAUCAGGUAGUGAAGUUAUGAAGUCGACUACUGUGGGGAGAGCGGGUCGAAUGUUUGCCGGCUUCGCCAAUCCGUCCGACGAGGAGGAUAGUGAAGAGGAUAAUAGCGAUAACUCGGGAGAUUUUAGUGGUACCGACAUCGGAUUCGAAUUGAGAUGCAUUCGACGCUGUACAAACGGAACUUGCUACAAGAACGAAUGCAUCUGCGAGGAGGGUUACGUGCUGCAGGAGCACAUUCAUGAGGAUAUCUGUAUUGCACGUUGCGGCGAAUUGAUUGGCAAUAAGUACACUGGAUGUGUGAAUGGUUUUUGCAAGGAGCCCGAUGUUUGCAUCUGCUUCGAAGGAUUUCAGCGAUCUAUAGCAAAUGGGUUCAAAUGUCUGCCGCCGCACAACGAAGAACAACAAGCGGCCGGGAUUUUCAAAUAUCUACGGUUGUACCUUAUUUUCGCAGCCUUGUCUUUGCCACUGGCUUUGUUAGUGUUGUACUUACUGUGCCAUAUAAGCUGCGAAAAGUCGUACAAUGUAGCGAAAAGAGAGAACCAAGUGGGACUGGCGCAUUUAUCGCGUAACGUCGACAUCAUAAGAGUGCCUUAGUAAGGUAGAAUUAGCUAUAUAAAAUGCGCGUAGGUGCGUAUGUAUGUAUGUAGUACGAAUAUCUCACAUUUGAUGCUUUAAAGUGAUGACAGUGAUCUUCAAUUCUUUAUUUUUGUGUAUAUAGUUAAAGAGGGAUAUAUGGAUAUAAACACUUAGAGGUGAUAAGGAAACGCAAUAUAUUAUAUUUAUAUGUAUGUAUGGGUAAAGAGUAAUUAUACUUUUUAAUGCAUUUAUUGAAAUACAUGGGGGUAGUGGGUAUAUUUUGAGUUUGUUAUUUUGUUUAAAAAAAAUAUGAAAGCAAAUUAAUGAGAAUUUCAAAAAUAUGGGAGUUCCUAUAAAUACAUGGAAGAACGGAAUGCGUGAAGCUGAAUUAUUAUACAACAAAUUUUAUUCAUAAUAACAUUCCAACAGAUAUAUUAAGAAUUGUUCUGCAAUUGAAUUUGUAAUCGUAUUAUACAGACUAAGGACUCUAAAAUUAAUUGUCAAUAUAAAUCACGGAAUUUCGAUUUUUUUACUGCACUCCGCUCUCCGUUAUUUUUGGCAUUUUAUGUUUUCAAAUUUAGACAAAAUUGCUGAAUUUGUUAUUUUGUAUGCUUUAUCUAUUCCUUUUAUUUUUUUUCGUUUUCUAAUUUUUUAUUUAGAAAAAAUUUAUUUUAAGUUCAGUAUUUUCGAAGUUGAUUAUAGCAGGUAAUUUCGGGAUUUUUUACAGUAGUCUUUUGCGGAAUUUUCAAUUUAUUUUUGAUAAAUAAUUUCAGCACGUCGUAUUUUAUUCACGAAAAUUUAUUUUUUUUUUGAAGUUUUUACUUUUUUAAAAUUUAGGGAUUUUCGAAGAUUUUUUUUAUAUUUCGAAAACCGUAUUAAAAGGACCUAAUUUUGUUUUACAUUUUGGGUUUUGCGGAAUUUUCAAUUUCCUUCUCAUUCAAUAUUUGAGGCGCCUCAUAUUUUGUGAUACAGCAAAAUUCUUGGAUAUUCCCAAUACCAUUUUUCCUGGACUUAAUAUUUUGCUAAAAUUUCGUAUUUAUGCCUUCUUCGUAUUGUACUUUUGGGAAUUAAUAUAUUUUUAUUUGAAAAAUUGCUUUGGAAUUUCAGAAUUUUCGAAAUACGAAAACAUUCAUUUAUUUUUAAUGCAUUCUUCAUAUAGAAUUUUCGGGAAUUAACACUAGUUCAGAGGUUCGAGAUUUUAUAUUUUUAAAUUCAUCCUUCAUCCACUAAAUUUUUCCUACUUUUUACGGAAGUUAAUACAUUUUUUAAUUGUGGGUUUUUUUUUUUGGAAAUUCCCGGAUUUUCGAAGUUUUUUACUAUAUUCUGAAAACCGUAUUAAAAGGACUUAAAAUUAUUUUUUUUAGUUUUUUAAUUCAGAAAAAUUCCAGGAUACGCGAGAAUUUAAAUUUAUUUCUAAUUCAGUAUUUUCGGAUAAUAUUUUCAUGAAUUUCAUAAUAUUUUCAAUACAAAUAUUUGUUUUCAAUUGAUCUUCAUUUCUCAAAUUAUUAUAGGAAUCCCGAAUUAAUACCGUUUUUCAGGACUAAAAAAUUUUUUAAACUGCAUUUAUUGGCGAUCAUCUUCGAAAUUCUGGCGUUUUAUGAUUUUUAAUGCACUCUCGGUAGAUAGGCUCAUUCCUUUUUCCGGGGCAAUAUAAAAUAUAAGUAAAUAUAUCUUCUAAAUUCAGCAAAAGUGGUUUUUAUUAGCUAUGUAAGCAUUUAAACAUAUCCGAAAGUAAAAAAAUUAGAAAUGUAUUAAAUUAACAAAAAAAUAUUCUUUAGCAAGAAAUGAGUAAUGAUUUAUUUGUUGGUGUAUGUAUUUAUUUAAUUUUAAAAGGCUAUGUAUUUAUGAAAUAUUCCUUUUAAGACCUUUUUUUUAUUUUAUUUUAUUUUCAAGUAAGCAAUAAAUAAAGGUUUUUUUUUUACUUUUUUUCAUAAAGUUAAAAUAUAUUAUAUUUUCUUGUAUACAUCAACUGUAAAUUAUAAAAUUUUUGAAUAUCACAUCGACGCUUGUCGCGCUGACUUUGCUUCACAGCUGUAAAUUUUAUCGAAUUGUCUGUCUAUGUAUGAGUGUGUAACUAAAAUUUACGAUACUUCGCUCCAAAGUUCAACUCUCGUCUUCUUCCUGCAUGUUGAGACCAUCUUCUGCGCCUGCGCCGGGCAUUACUACGCCGAAUGUUGGAUUUUCUAUCAAGCGCACGCCAUGUUUCUCCCGGAAACGCCUGCGCGCAUAUUCCCGAUAAACCAGCACCAAAGC